UGCGGGGCGGGCGAGGAGCCGGGUGGGAGGGGCCCGGGUGGCGGUUGUGGCAAAGAGGCAGAAAGAGCUGGAGUAGCAGGGAGGUCCCCGUGCCCCUUUUUGCUGCUCCCGUCAGUAGCGGAGGUGCCGUGCAGGGCCAGCCUCGGGCUCCCCCUGUGACUUGGGAGCAGGGGCUCUGUGGCAGGGGAUGCUGUCAGGAACAAUCGGAUCUCCCGCCUCCCCUGUGUUUUGUGGGGUGCUUAUCUUGCCUGACUCUUCUCUGGUGCUUUUCUGAGGGCGUGAGAGGAAAAGAAAUGGUACCCGAGUCCCCUCUGAACCUCUGGGGAGCCCCCACCCCAAUACCGCCUGGACCACCUGAGAGCCAGGUUUGUCCAGCCCUGCCUUCGACCAACUUGGACCACAUACAGAAAAGGAAAUGCUGACUUGGGCCCCGGCAUCUAAUGGUUUUGGGGUUCCUGGAGGGGAUCUGGUCUGGAUAGGGAAGAAGAAAGUCCCGUCCCUGGGGACCUUCCCGGGCGGCCCACACUGCUGAGUGUGGCCCCUGGUCUGGGGCUGAAUCCCUGAGCUGGCCACACCUCUCUGUGUCGACCCCCCAGCCCUUCCAGGGUGCAUCUCCAUGGGUGCAGGUGUGCGCCCCACCUGCCCUGGGCACCCACCCCGUGCUCGCCUGGGCCCCGCCAUGCCAAUCAACCUGCAGCUCCUGGGUCUUCCUGACCGGCUGGCAGGGACCUGUUUCUGUCUCACUUGGUGCUUGAGAACGGAGGCUGUUGGGCACACUUGGAGUGUCCUCCUUCUGAGCUUUGAAAAUGACGAGAGUCUGAGAAGCUGCGUUUUCUCAACCGCUAACUAUGUCCCUAGCUACGUCCCAGGUCCCUGGGGGAGGAUGUGAGGUCCUCAGAGGCUGUGGGCCUUUGCUUUUUAUAGUGCAGGAAAGCUCACAGCCAGUCCUAUGUGCAAGGUCACAAGCAGAUGCACUUGACUGUUGUGUGUGCUACAGGGAGAGGCCUGCUGUGGCCAGGAAGUUCGUUCUUCCGGAGGCCUGCUCAAUGUCCCUGCUGACUGAGAGAGCGGGGAGAAAACACAGUUCUACCAAUGGCACUUCCAGCCUUGAAACGCUCAGAGAGGCUCAUGCGUUGCCCAGAGGCAGUCGCUGGAAGACCUGGGACUCAAACCUGCAUCUCGGUGCACAGAGAAGGGAUGUGGCUUGCUCGAGGAUGCACAGCUCUCCAAGCCUUGGCUGGAACCCCAAGCUUCUUGAGUUCCCACAUUGCCACUUCCCAGCUGCCCACAGAGACUGUGCCCCGGAGCAGGAAGGACAGCCCAUUUCUGCUUGCCGGGGACCCUCGCCGUCUCCUCGCGUGCUCUCUCUCCUCCUUUGCUCGUCUUGAGUCUCUUGUGAUGCCAAGGAAGGUGCUCCUGGUAAACAGCACUUCGGGGAGACAGAGAACCCUGGCACAGGAGGUCUUGGGUGGGCCCCUGUGCACCAGAGGGUGCCACUACCUGUCUGGGGCCAGGGCCACCAGCCAGCGAGUGGCACCUCAUAGGUGGGAGCCGAGAAAGCUGACCUGGUCCCAGGGAAGGCACGGGCUCCUUGUUCCUGGGACAUCACCUCACUAUUCAGGACAACCAGCACAGCAUAAUUUUUUUUGGAACAUGCUUCUUUCUGUUGUUCUUCCUGGUGCCUCUUGCCCUCCUUCAACCGCCCCCCCCCCGCCCCCAGCUGUAAUUAGCAUGACUCAUAAACCAAAUAUUCUGGCAUUGAACUUCACCCAUCAAAACAAAGAUGAAAAGAAUUUCGUAGAUACAGUGUUGCUGCUGAGCGUCCGCCCUGGACAUGUGCUCACCACUGCACUUUUGUCUUCAGGGGCUGGUCCCUUGUGUGGGUCCCUGUUCCUAGAGCUGGGGGUGGCUGAGGUUCCUGGAGCUAGGGGACGGAUGGGAGUGACAACUUGCCAAAGAAAGGAAGCACAGAAAGGGUCCGGGUGCCCAGCUCUGCUGACUGCCUGAGACAGCUCUGCCUGCCAGUCCACUGGAGAGAGACACACAUCUCGUUUUGGAAGCAGCCUCAGCUCCCGACCCUGAGAGCC